CUGUCGGGAAGUAGGCGGGGUGACGUGAGGUUGACGAGCCAGCGGCGGGUUUGCAGAGCUCAGUGGCCGGAGGCGGCUGGAUUGGGGGGGGUGCCGGAGCCGGAGGUGGAGCGGGGCGGCGUGUGGCCGGGGCCAUGACGGGCAAUGCUGGGGAGUGGUGCCUCAUGGAAAGCGACCCCGGGGUCUUCACCGAGCUCAUUAAAGGAUUCGGUUGCCGAGGAGCCCAAGUAGAAGAAAUAUGGAGUUUAGAGCCUGAGAAUUUUGAAAAAUUAAAGCCAGUUCAUGGGCUGAUUUUUCUUUUCAAGUGGCAGCCAGGAGAAGAACCAGCAGGCUCUGUGGUUCAGGACUCCAGACUUGACACGAUAUUCUUUGCCAAGCAGGUAAUUAAUAAUGCUUGUGCUACUCAAGCCAUAGUAAGUGUGUUAUUGAACUGUACCCAUCAAGAUGUCCAUUUAGGAGACACAUUAUCAGAGUUUAAAGAAUUUUCACAAAGCUUUGAUGCAGCUAUGAAAGGUUUGGCACUGAGUAAUUCGGAUGUGAUUCGACAAGUACACAACAGUUUCGCCAGACAGCAAAUGUUUGAAUUUGAUGCAAAGACAUCAGCAAAAGAAGAAGAUGCUUUUCACUUUGUCAGUUAUGUUCCUGUUAAUGGAAGACUGUAUGAAUUAGAUGGAUUAAGAGAAGGACCGAUUGAUUUAGGUGCAUGCAAUCAAGAUGAUUGGAUUAGCGCAGUGAGGCCCGUCAUAGAAAAAAGGAUACAAAAGUACAGUGAAGGUGAAAUUCGAUUUAACUUAAUGGCCAUUGUGUCUGACAGAAAAAUGAUAUAUGAACAGAAGAUAGCAGAGUUACAAAGACAACUUGCUGAGGAGGAACCCAUGGAUACAGAUCAGGGUAAUAACAUGUUAAGUGCUAUUCAGUCAGAGGUUGCCAAAAAUCAGAUGCUUAUUGAAGAAGAAGUACAGAAAUUAAAAAGAUAUAAGAUUGAAAAUAUCAGAAGGAAGCAUAAUUAUCUGCCGUUCAUUAUGGAAUUGUUAAAGACUUUAGCAGAACACCAGCAGUUAAUACCACUAGUAGAAAAGGCAAAAGAAAAACAGAAUGCAAAGAAAGCACAGGAAACCAAAUGAAGAAGAAGAUGCUUUGGGAUGUGUACACAUUUCUGCUUCUGCACUUACUUUCAAGGAAACCAUUAAGUAUAAAGAACUUUGAGCAACAUCCUAAUCGACUCAGCGCACGUUUGGCAAUAGUCCCAGUCUGUCUCGUCUUCAAUGCAUGGAUUCAUAACCUCUCCCUGCCUGCAUCAUGUGCAUGUGGUGCAUAUUAAAUAAAAGUGGUGUUCAGAGCGCUUGCCCAAAUCCUAUUAUAUGACAUUGGAUCUGAGAACUCCUGUUGGUUCUCUGGAUAGAUAACUACCGUAAUGAACCGUAAUGAACUACCAUAAUGAAAAUGGACAGAUGAUAUUCUCUACCUGUAAUUGCUAUAAUUAAUCUUCCAAUCUUCCAGCUUGGUUAAAUGCUUAAAAUUUAUAAAUGUCAGAUCUUGAUUAAA